UUUUUAUAUGCAUGAUUUAUAAGUUUUAAUUUUUAAUAUUAAAGGAGAUACACAACACACACCAUGUUGUAUGUGAAUGAAUUAUUGGUUAUUUAAAUUGAUGUUUUAAAAUAUCAAACCUGGGCUUCUUAUUUUCUCUGCGACUGCCUUCCUAUCACGACCCUCUUACGGCAUUUUAUAUAAACAACGAGAAUGUAUUUCACAGAUCCGCGCAGUAACAGUAUUAAUUUUACUUCUGUGACGAUAGAAAUCAGAUACGAAUUUUUUAUCGCUAAUGAGAAAAGCUGCGUGUCAUUCGUUGUAUUUUACGAAUUACAAGAAUAUAUAAUAAUAUAAGUUUCAUGCUUUUAACAGAUACAAUUGCAACAUAUCUUUGAUCUAUCUCUCUGCUAUUUAAAAUAAAUUUAAAUAAAUUUUGUAUGUGUACACACUAAGAAGUAAAACUCACAAGCGUUUUAAUAUGAAAUUUCGUGAUGUUAGAAAUUAAAGAAUAAUUUCUCGGAUCAUGCAAACAUGUUUUAACAAAAAUCGAUUAUAAAUAACUCAGAACGCCGUCUCGUUAAAUAAAGGUGAUAUGCGAGUCUACUAAUAAGAACUUAUAUAAGAAUAAUAAUAAGAAUAAACAGGUAGGUGAUGUAUUUUGUACAUUUAGUGGUAUCUUUCUGACUUCUCUCAAGUAAAUUAAUGUGCGCACGCGCGCCUAUGUGUAUUCGCGUAUGUACUUACUAUUUUGCUUAGGAAAAUUUCGAAGAACAUUACUGUAUCCUUACAACUGAAGUUUAAGAACAUUUAAAAGUUUAGGAAUAUAUGAAAAAAAUUACGAAGUAUAUUGCAAAAAUAUAUUGCUAUAUAUGUGUGGUUGGAUGUUUCACUAAAAAUGGCGAAACAAAGCAGUGCACAUUUACGUAAAAUCUAUAUGUACAAAAAAUACGAAAAGAGUAGCGUGAUCGUGUUAGUGGCUUGUCUGACAUGACGUUUUGACGAUCGCUUCUACGUUAUCGACACUUUUGGAGCUCAUCAUCCGCUUUGGCAUUUCCUUAAACUCAUCCAUGGCAGACUUACUAAAAGCAUGGCUGCGAGCACGACUGGGCGUUAUCAUGGAUCUCAGCCCGGAGAUGUUCGGUCGCUACACCAGAGAUGGUACAUUGCUCGCGCGAAUUCUCCACAACUACGACAUAAUCAGUAACAAUCAACUGAGCACGAUCUUGCACACGCACGACCCGGCGCUGUCCAGGGUGAACUUGAAGACUCUGCGUAUCUGGCUGAAGCUCAUUAACGUCACAUUGAGCGACGAGUGCAUCGAGGAGAUCUCUAAAGGUAAAGGCGCGGCGGCUCUUCAGCUCUUCUACAAGGUCUACCUCAGCCUGGAAGGUAAAAACCGACUGCAUUUCAUCGCCCUGCAAAAAGAACGAGAGAAAUUGGUCCCUGCAUCCGGCAGGUUUAACGUCACCAAAGUGUCCGAAGAACCACCUCCCUAUCAGCCACACGAGCAUCCUCUCUCGAAGCCGCUAAUCGAGUCCGCCGACACCAUCUUAUGGCAUCGAAAUAAAUUCUGGAAUAUUGUUCAGGCCUGUAAAAAUGAACGGCGACGAUUCGAAGCUGAAAUAAAGUAUCCCAUAGUCGAGCCAGUCGAGCACUUUAUCCCGAGCGACGUAGUAGAUAAGACGAAAGAAGAAAGUAGAAAACUAGACGAAUUCGCUUGCAAGCAUCCAGCUCGCGUAGCAAAGAAAAAAAAGAAGAAACUGGUUGAGUGUUGUCCUCAGAAGAAGUUCCUCGACGUCAGCCCCGUCGAGGACCCCGCGAUCGCGGCGGAGUACGUUGAUUUUUUAAGAAAACGCGGCGAGCGAACGCGCAAAUUCCAGGACUCGAAGCUGAAGACGCAGACGACGAUGAUGGCAGACGCCUGGGAGAAGCUGCUGAGGCGACAAGACAAAUCGUUUGAUGAAACUCUCGGCCGUCGAGUGUUGGAUCAGUCGCGAUAUGAGAAGCAGAUCAUAAGAAAGCUGUGCGAAGUGCGCGACUUGAGAAACAGGAUCGUGGAGAAUCGCAGGAUCGUCGACAUGAUGCUGCUGAGAAUUCGAGAAAACGAGCAACGACAGCAAGAACGUCGUGAACUGGAAGCAACAACGGCGGAAGCACGAGAUGUGGAGAUGGAGCAUUGUAGAAUGCGGGAGUUACGUCGGAAGAUUUGCGAGGAGAAGAUACAUAGAUUCCGAGAAAUGCACCGCGGACUCUGUGCAGAGAUUACGAGGGAUCUCGCGGAUAUCGCAGUGAAGAUCGUCGAAUACAGCCAGACCAAUGACGAUCGCACGCCGCGCUCUGUCUGGAGUGACUGCAGGACGUUGUUCCUGAGGAAUCAGCCAAUCUUCGAGUUUGCACAAUACUCGGACAUCUUUAAGAUCGAAGACGCGGAAGAAGAAGAGGAAGAGAAGGAACAAGAAGAUGUGAACAUCCGAAAGAAAACGGAGGAUGAAGCAACGACGAAUCACAAGUUUAGGAUAAAGAACGGAGAAGAUAUGAGGAACGAAGAGAAAACGAAAGAUGCUCAGCACACGGGGAGUAGAAAAGGAAGACAAGUCGAAGACAAGCAGAAGUUGGAAUUUCUUCAGUUGGAAUUGGAUCGUCAAAGAGUCUUAGCCGAUGCGGAUUUCGAGAAUUAUCGAGACUUUGCUGCGCCCUGGGAUGAAUUCGUACCGACAAGAGAAGAAGGACAGGUGGAAGAAGAUGAAGAGAUUUUCAGACUGGGUCGCGUCGUACUGGGUUACGUGGUUCAUCGUUUACUGAGGAUGUUGUACAACCAACCCACCGAAAUCAUGGCUCGUUCGGCACCAAGAGUUAAAGUCGCGGCCGUUGUCUUGGGUAUAACGAGUGCAGCGUUGCUCGACAAACUGCGAGAGUCGCUGAAGAGGUAUGACGUGCACUUGCUGAGGAUGGAGGACGCCAUCAAUCAUUGUCUGGAGAGGUACAAGCAGGAAAUGGCGGAUGUGGAGUACAUUGAUCUCGACAUCGUCUCGACGACGGCGAGAGACGUCGGGAGAUUGCAGGCUGAGGUCGGUAAGACGAAUGAUCCAAAAGGCCGUCGUGCGAAGUUGCCUGGACGGCCAAUGGCAAAGAAUGCAGCGGCGAAGCAGCGGCAGAAUGCGACCGAGGAGAAACAAACGCAAACAUCGAGACAGAUUCCCUACGAUGAUCUGCAUCCGACUUUAAGUGACGCCGCGUAUAUUGUCGAAGAAUGGAGAUACGCCGUUCUGUUCGAAAUCGAUCGUAUUCGACGGUGCUUGGACGUGUUGGACGCGGCUGCUCGCUCGGACGUGGCUUUUCUCCUGGACACGAUGAGACGGACCUUUCAUCGUUUACACGAUUACAUCGCCGAAAGAUACAAACGCGAGCUCCAGAGUGUUAACGACAUGGCGGACGUCUUCUGCUUUGCCAUCGAAGAGGCCAAGCCAAUACAGCAGGAGAUGUUGCUCGACGGUGAUCGACUCGUCGUGAGACCGAACAUUCUGAUGUACCCCGACGACUCCGAACAACUCAUCGUCCCCGUAGAAGAGACUCCUUCGCCUUUGCGAUUCCGAGUGGUUCAACUCGCGCGACUGCUGGACAUCUUCCGGCGAGUCGCGCCAUACGGAAUCAUCAAUGAGCGCGCCUUGGUUUACAUCCUGCAGGAUCUGGUGUCCUGCGGCGAAGAGGACUGUUAUCCGGCCGCCGUACCGUGCGCCUGGCGACAAUUGCGAGCUCCCGACAUCGAGACCCUGGUUGAACGAUUAUUUGGCCCCUGCGAAUACAUCGAGUGGCGAGAGUUCAUCGUGUACGCGAUAGAUCUACCUGUGCCGUCGCAUCAGGACAUCCUGAGAGCGCAAGCGGCCUUUAGACAGCAGGAUCCCGAGUUACGGGAAGUGAUCUCUCGCGACCGGUACCGGUUGACGUCGCUGUGGUUCCUCGAGAGCGUCGAAACAUCAGCAAACGUCUUCCACGAGUACGUCUACGGGGAUGAUGAGACGUUCCUCGAUAAGGAUGAUGAGAGUUAUGAGUCUAAGGAUAUAAUGGAUACGAUAUUAGGCGAGGCGGCGCGAUUAGGUGUGAGUGCUGCUGUAGAUUUGGGUUUGAAGAACGACUUGAUAGAGACGAGCAAGGAUAAUUAUAGCGAUACUUUGAGAUUGAUAUUGGCGAAGGAGCUUCUGGGUCACAUGUUCUCAGUCGAUCGAAAUACGGUCAAUUACACCGCUAUACUGUUGGCGUUCUGCAAGGACGAGGAUCCCCGCGAAGGCCUCGGAAAAGCGUUCACUCUUGCUACAGGUAACAGAGUUUGUACCGAUACAGCGGAAGGCGAGAAGUACGUCCAAGAGUUGAUGAAACGCCGUGCCAGACACCUGCACCUGACACGUCUGCGAAAGGAAGCCAUCGAGGUAGCGCAAGAUAUUAUAAACAAUCUCAUGAACAGAGCAGCAAAGGGCGCAGCUAUACUUAAGCAAAGGCGAUACCGAGAACAAGAGUUACUUCCACAACGUCGAGUGAUGAUACAACAGCUGAAUGGAAAUGAUGAUAUAGAUCCCGCGAGUCUUUUACCAGUGGAGGUGACACCUGAACAUCUAAUCUUGGAAGAUGUAUCGAUGAUAAAUGACGAGCAUGAAUACGAUCCGCCAUUAGACCAGCUAUUACUGCCCGAAGAUUACGCGAAUCAGUGGGACGAGAGAGUAAUCUACUGGCUGCCACGAGAUGUUUGCUUAACUGUCUUAGCCACAUGUUUACCAUGGCACGUGUCGCAAGCGGAUCUCUUUCACACCUCCCUAAGUCUUCGCGAAGGAAUAACACGCGUGUACGACGAACUGAGGAACGAUGAGUUGAGUGACGAAGAAGAUGUGGUUCUGGCACACCGUCUGAUAAACCACAGUUUUAUCCUUGAAUUACUGUCCGCUACAAACAAAUUUGUCUCGAAAAAUAUAUCCGUUCUGCUUCGUGAUAUUUUAAAAAAUAGAUACAAUGAACCUUGAGAGAAUGUAUGUAUCUAAAAAUCUAUAAUAUUCACGAGGUAAAAAUUAAAUAAAAACAUAUAUUAAUAAUUUAUUUGAAAUAUUAGCUAAGUUUGUUUAAUUUUAUACCACCAAAUAUGCCUGAAUCACGAAUCAAACAAUAUAAUGCAACUUUCGCAAAAAUUAUA